GUUUACACCGCGUGAAGAUCUUUCGAAGUGUACGAGAUCUUUUUUUUUCCUCCAUCUCCAUUUCGCCAUGGAAGUAUUUUUCUAAUCGCGAUCAGAUAUCAUAAUAAAGGACCAUGACGGCUCUGCAGAGCUCCGCCGCACUGCUGCUUCUGAGCUCCCUGAUGGGCCUCAGCUACUCUCUGAACCCAAGAGACCCGAACGUGUGCAGCCUGUGGGAGAGCUUCACCACCUCAGUGAAGGAGUCGUACUCGCACCCCUACGACCACGUGACGGAGGAGCCCUGCUCCGACCCUCGGACCUCCUACAGAUGCAUGCGCCACAGGAUCACCUACAAGACGGCCUACAGGCAGGCGGUGAAGACAGACCACCGUAAGAGAUACCAGUGCUGCCCGGGCUACUACGAGAGCCGAGACAAGUGUGUCCCUCGCUGCACCAAGGAGUGCGUCCACGGCCGAUGUGUCGCUCCAGACCGCUGCCAGUGUGAAGGAGGCUGGCGAGGCGACGACUGCUCCAGCGCCUGCGAUGACCAACACUGGGGGCCGGGCUGCAGUCAGCGGAGCAGCUGUGAGAACGGAGCGCUCUGCGACCCCGCCAAGGGCACGUGCCAGUGUCCUCCGGGCUUCAUCGGACGCCACUGCGAGGAGGCGUGUCCCGCCGGCUCCUUCGGGACGGGCUGCAUGCAGAGGUGCAAGUGUGGGACCGGAGGGUCCUGUGACAGAGCAACCGGAGAGUGUUCGUGCCGGGACGGCUUCACUGGGACCUUCUGUGAGAAGGCGUGUCCCAGGAAGUGCCAGGCACGCUGCCCCUGCCAGAAUGGAGGCAUCUGCAAAGGCAAAGGGAUCUGCGAUUGCCCGCCUGGAUGGACGGGCGCCGUGUGCACGCUGCGGUGCUCGGAGGGAAGGUUUGGACAAAACUGUGCUGAAGAGUGCGUCUGCCACAACAGGGGAAGAUGUGACCCUGAAGCUGGACAGUGCCAGUGUGCUAAAGGUUUCACCGGUAACAGGUGUAAUGAGGAGUGCGCCGCGGGCACCUUUGGUCAGGACUGCAAAGGUGUGUGUGACUGCGCUAACGGCGCGCGCUGCUACAACAUCGACGGAGGCUGCCUGUGCGAGCCCGGCUUCAGCGGCCCGCACUGCAGGGACAGGAUGUGUGCGCCGGGCAAAUACGGCAUGCACUGCGAACGCAAGUGCCUCUGCCAGGACAAGCAGACCCUCAGCUGCCACCCAAUGAAAGGAGAGUGCACGUGCCAACCGGGGUGGGCAGGGCUGUUCUGUAACGAGACCUGCGCCCACGGUUUCUACGGUCACGGUUGCCUGGAGCCGUGUCUGUGUGUGAACGGAGGGGUGUGCAACAGUGCCACGGGGCAAUGCCGCUGUGCCCCCGGCUACACGGGGGUUCACUGUGAGAGUCUCUGUAAAAGUGGCACCUAUGGAAAGAACUGCUCCCUGGGGUGCUCCUGUAAAAACGCAGUCGACUGCUCGCCGAUUGACGGGACUUGUUUCUGCAAAGAGGGCUGGCGGGGGCCGGACUGCUCCGCCCCCUGCUCCGAGGGGACCUGGGGCCCGGGAUGCAACGCCACCUGCCGCUGUGCCAACGGGGCCAAAUGUAAUCCUGCAGAUGGAUCCUGCACCUGCACAGCCGGCUGGCAGGGGGCGCGCUGUGACCAGCCGUGCACGAUGGGCACGUUCGGGCCAGGCUGCCUGAAGAGGUGUGAUUGUGUUCACGCCGACGGCUGCCAGGCGACCGGCGGGGAGUGCCGCUGUCUGCCCGGCUGGUGGGGUUCUCGCUGCAGCGAGCCCUGCUCGGAGGGCCUGUGGGGGCGCCACUGUAACCACACCUGCUUCAAGCAUUGCCCCAACAGCGACACGUGCGUGAAGGAAAGCGGAGCGUGUGUGUGCCGAUCGGGCUACUGGGGAGUCACCUGUCAGAACAAAUGCAGAGCGGGUAUGUACGGGGACCAGUGCAGCAUGUCGUGCCCGUCCUGUAGCCAGUCGUACCGCUGCCACCACGUGACGGGAGAGUGUGAUUGCCUCCCCGGACACACCGGACCCAACUGUGAUCAAGUUUGUCCAGCUGGCUACUUCGGCAAACAAUGCAGUCAAGUGUGUGUCCGCUGUGCCAACAACUCCACAUGCGACCCCCGGGACGGCCACUGUGAGUGUCGGCCUGGCUGGACGGCGACGGACUGCUCCAUACCCUGUAGUCCGGGGCGUUUCGGUCCGUUCUGCACUCAGACCUGCUCCUGUCCGGUCAGCCUCAUGUGUGACCGGCAUUCUGGAGACUGUGUGUGUGAAAGUGAACAAGUGGACUGUGCACAAGACUCGUCUGUGAAGUCAGGCAGCGUCAUGGUCCCCCUUCCUCCUGGGGAGCGGGAGUCGUGGGGCGCCAUCGGCGGCAUCGUGGUGCUCGUCAUGCUGGUGGUCCUCCUGCUGGCUCUGCUGCUGCUCUACCGCCGCAGGCAGAAGGACAAGCAGAACCACACGCCGAGCGUGUCCUUCUCCACCAGCCGCACAGUCAACUCUGAGUACGCCGUUCCAGAUGUUCCUCACAGUUACCACCACUACUACUCCAACCCCAGCUACCACACACUGAGCCAGAACCGGCCUCCGCUGCCACACCUCCCCAACAACCACGACCGCACCAUCAAGAACACCAACAACCAGCUGUUCUGCAGCGUGAAAAACAUGGAGCGGGAGAGGCGGGGCCUGUUUGGGGUCGAGAGCAACGCCACGCUACCUGCAGACUGGAAGCACCACGAGCCUCGAAAAGACUCAGGAGCUUUUGGAAUUGAUCGGAGCUACAGCUACAGUGCCAGUCUGGGGAAAUAUUACAACAAAGAGCUGAAGGGCGCGGCGGCGGCGGCGAGCAGCAGCUCUCUGAACAGCGAGAAUCCGUACGCGACCAUCAAAGACAUGCCGGGUUUGCCCUUCGGCCACCCGGAGAGCAGCUACAUGGAGAUGAAGUGCGCCGUGCCCAGAGAGCGAGCCUACACCGAGAUCAGCCCGCCGCCCUUCAACAUGGCCGCCUUACGCAGGGAGCGUCAGAGUUCCCUCGGCCACGCUCCAUACGAGGACCCCCAGAGCCACUACGACCUCCCCGUGAACAGCCACAUCCCGGGACACUACGACCUGCCGCCCGUCCGCCGCCCCCCCUCCCCCAGGAGAGCCCCUCAGUGACGUCCCCCCCUCCUCACUUUGGGGAUGAUUUCAGGCCUUCAGGCUGCUGUCUGACCGUCAGAGCGCAGACCACCCACUGAGGAACUAUUUACUGUGGCUGACCCCAACUCAACACUGCCCCUGUGUGGGCCAACGUGGUACUUGCUUCACCGUGACAGACUUGUC